AUGGAGGCAAGGCUAUUUGACACUUCUCAGACGGGAGACGGGGAUGUCCAACUUUUGCAUCAAUUGCUGGCAGGGAAUCCACUUCUACUCCAUAGCCUUGCGCUAACUUCCACAGAGAAUCCUUUACAUGUUGCUUCGAUUGCUGGGCAUGUCGACUUUGUCAAGGAGAUUGUGAGGUUGAAACCAGAUUAUGUUGAAGAAAUGAACCAGGAUGGUUUUAGCCCCAUGCAUAUUGCAUCUGCCAAUGGGUAUUUGGAAAUUGUAAUGGAGAUGCUGAGAGUUGACUGGAGACUAUGCCGGCUACAUGGAAGAGAUGAGUGGACUCCUCUUCAUUAUGCCACUAGCAGAGGGAGGGUAGACGUGGUUAGAGAAAUGGUCUUGGCUUGUCCAGAAAGUGUUGAAGAGGUGACCGUACAAGGGGAGACUGUUAUUCACCUUGCUGUUAAGUGCAGCCAAUUUAAAGCAAUUAAAUUUUUGGUGGAACCGGUUGCAGAAACGAACAAGGUGAACAUCCUGAAUAUGAAGGAUAAGCAUGGCUACUCGGUUCUCCAUCUAGCAACCUGUAAAAACCAGCAUCAGGUGGGGGAAGGAUUGGUUGGCAAUGAAACAAUUGCAGGAGCCUUGGAAGUAAAUUCUGUAAACAAUAGGGGUCUCACAGCUUUGGAUCUGGUCUUUCCAAAUGAAACCGGUGAUUGGGAAAUGGAGGCAAUCCUUCAUGGUGCUGGAGCUUUGAGAGCUGGAGAUAUAGUCAACUCUGGUGUCCAAUUGUUCAAUUCUCAUAGCCAUAGCGAGAACCACACGGCACCAGAGACUCCUCAGUUGCAGCAGGAGCAGCAGAAGACAAAUUGGUGGGAAUUCUUCCAGUUCAAAAAGGGCAGAGACUGUCCUAGAGAUGCACGUACCGCUCUGCUAGUUGUUGCUUCACUAGUGGCUAUGACCACCUUUCAAGUGGGACUCAACCCUCCAAAUGGAACUUGGCAGGACAGUAGUGACGUGAAUAAUAAAGGGACUGGCAGCAGCAAUGAACCAGUACACUUGGCAGGAAGGUCCAUCAUGGGUUCUUAUAGUGAAGUUUCAUUCGUCGUUUUUGUGGUUCUCAACUCAAUUGGAUUUUACUUCUCUCUUUACACGAUGAUCAUCCUCACAACCAAUUUCCCUCUCCAGUUGGAGCUUCAAAUCUGCAUCAUAGCGGUAUACACCACCUACGGCACUGCGGUUGUCAACAUUGCGCCAUCAUAUAACAGCUGGCUCUUUAUCACCGUGUUCACAUCGGUUUUGCCUUUUUUGGUCGGACUUGCUGCCAAAUGGGCUAGACACCCUGUCACAAUCUGGCUUACAAAACCUCUCGGGAAAUGGAUCCAUCGGUUCUUUGAAUUAAUUGGGUUAUAAAAUUAUUAUUGUAAAUUGUUAUUGAAGGCUUCUUGUACAAUAAUGUGGAAAGAAAACAAAAUAAACAAGAAACUUUGAACUGA